UUUCCGCCUCCGGUGCGCGAGAUCCGACUCGUGUGCGUGUCAACUUAAUCGUCAAAGUCAAAUGAUAAGCUCUGUAAAAAUACAAUAAAAAUAAAAACUGAAGCGCAUUUGAAACGAAUUAAGAAUAAAGCUGUGCGAAUGAUACUCGUACCUAGACCCGUCAUCACGUAAGCCUCAUCGCGUGACGUGUGACGAUGGAAGAACCAGAUUCGCAUAAAUCAAUGGCCCGUGGCAGGGACGGACCCUAUUAUUCGACGCUGAACCAAUCGACUCUCGAUAGGUCUCAGUCGACCAGGUCUACGCCGUGCAGGUCACUGUCAACCAGGUCCACACCGUGUAGGUCUACUUCACGCACAUCUACCCCAGGCCGGUCUACAUCGGGUAGGUCUACUUCGGGAUGCAGUAGAUCUACCUCGGACAGGUCGACGACACCCGAACCACCCCCUGUUCCACCAGCCACUUAUCACUGGGAGGAAGUGAGGAGAAAACGGUCUGUGGGUGGGUAUCCAUGGACACAUCUUAACAAGCCACCGUUCGAUGAAAAGACUUGGGUGAAGUAUGAAAGAGAUCACGUAUAUGAGCCCGUCACGCCAGCAGCUAACGCUGACCGGAUAUCUCCGCCUGUCGCGAAUUCGAAAAAAGAUGAAAAUCGUCAUUUUCUACGCAUACCAUUGACGGAAGAACUUGUAAUGGCUGAUGACACGGGUUCGGAACCCGAAAGCGAUCAGCAACAACAACGACAACUACGACUAGCUAGAGAGGAAGAUGACGAAGACAACGAAAAUGAUGAUGACCAAGAAGACGAUGACGAAGAGGAAAAUGAUGACGACGACGACGGAAAUAUCGAUAAAAAAGUUGUACGAUCCGACGAAUCGACUUAUGAGGGUGAAAAUGAAAACUCAUCUGUGGGCGAUAUGGAGUCUAGUAAUACGCGUAUGAAGGUGUUCCAACAAAAAUUUAAAGUCAAAGCAGAUAUACUACGUACCAAGCUGCAAGGGGUAACCAAACGGAAACCUAAACAAAAAAUUGUCGUAGACACGCCAAAUGGCGAAAAGUCCCGCCGCAAGUUCGGCCAGUUUGCCACUUUGCCGAAAAAGUUCACGUUUAAUGCACCCAAAGUGAACUUCUCUACAACCUUUGGACAUUUUUCGAGAAAAUCUGUGGACCCGAACGAAUCUAGCACAGACGAGACCAAAAGUGGCCGAGAUGAAACGAAGAGUGGUCGGUUCUCCCUGCCACGUUUUGGAUUAUCCAGGACGUCGUCGGAAUCCCCGAAACCGACCAAAUCCAUGAAAAUUGGUGGUUCUCGGCUGUCUAUACCGAGUUUCCGGACGCGUACUUGGUCAGACGCAUCAAAAAUGUCGAAACCUGACAGUCCGAAAUCUCGGAUAAUGGAUUUCGGCACAUAUCCAAGAAUAUUUUCAAAACGUCGGAAAACAAACGCGGUGAACAAAGCAAAAACACCACCACCAUCCUCUGACGGAAUAGAGCCAGAACAAAACAAUUACAAACGAAAGGACUCUUUCCAUCGGCGCUUUUUUCGGACACACAAGGAGUCGACGCCCGCUCCAACGCAAGAACAGACUGCUACGCUGGCUGUGGAAGAAGAGUUAGACGAGCCUCAACUACUGGUAUCCAAGGAAUCGUUGGCGGAAUUUGGCGACAGCGAUCUACAGGAAGUGAUAUCGCUGAGCGACGACUGUCGAUCGAAGGACACGAAAAGCUUGUCCGAACACCGAUCGGGCGUGAUCGAAGAAAUUGAUUCCGACGAGUUUUUCCUACGCGAGAAAGGUCUAAGUCGUGGAGACGUGCACAUCAGCAAUUACUUGUCAUCAGAAAUCAGAGACGUUUUUCGAUCGAACCGGACACGGUCCGUGGAAGGCGUUAACAAUAACGAGAGCGGCACGAUUGCAAGAAACAACUGUGACUCGAGUAGUGGUAUCUCCACGCCGGUGAGACCGUCGCGGACCAAUUCGCUAAGGAGACCUAAUCGGCAAACUACAAUAGAUUCGAACACUGAGCGAUCGUAUGUCGCCGAUCGGUUUAGCACGAUGCCGAAAUCGUUCGGUGGCACCAGGCCGUUAAAAAAAGAAGUGGAAGAAUACACUCCUGAGAAUAUUAUCACUAGUCAGACGUUUGAACCGUCACAGAAUCUAAUACUACUAUCGAGAGUUCCCUGGAGGACUUCCGUCAAGCACACAACUGAUGCCGCUGUUACAAAUAUGCCGCCAAAACCACCGACCAGACAACGCCUGGCUAAGUUUUCCACAUUUGACACGCGGUCGAUGAUUGAUUUGUCCAGAAAGAGAAGCCAGUCACAAAUCGGAUUCCAGCAGUCAAUGAACUUUUCAGACACCGUGCCCAAAGCUCCGAUGCGUCGGUCCAGGGCCUCGUUGGCCGGUUCCGAACGCGAUAUUUCGUCGGCCGGCGCCGACAACAACGGCGGCCGGCCUCCGUGGGCAGUCAACGGUAGCGGCGCGGGAGCGCCGACACCGCCGUUGCGCCGUUCGCGGAUGUCGCUGACGUCGGACGCGGACGUGGAAGAGCGGUCUGCGACGGCCGCCGGCCACGCGGUCAGCGGUACUGCGGCCGCGAGGUCCGCGGGAUCGACGCCCCCGCGACCGCCCCCGCCGCAACCGUCGACAUCGGCCGCGGUCGCUGGUUACGCGACGGUGGACAAAUCGGCGUCGCUGCUGAUACCGCCACAGUCGCCGGUGCGUCACAGGAGGAAAAAAUCGUACGACGUGAUCAAGAGUCAAGAGUUCGGAGCGUUUUUCACCAUACCGAGGUCGUACAGCUAUUGCGACAGGAACGCUCGGCCGUCCGGGAACGCAGACGCCAGCUGCACCGCCAAACUGCCGCCGCCGUCGAGACCCGCACGCGCCUACAACACCCUGGGGGGACCGUCUCGACCCCUUCGGCGCCGGUUACCGGCCCGCGAACACGAGUACGGCGACGUGGCCGACGACGGCGGUGGCGGUCACCGCGACGGAGGCGACGACGACGGAGGCGCGGACAGGACCGACGGGACGGCCAAACCGGCGGCGGCGUUGUGCUCGGGCGACGUGAUCGAGAAGAUGAAACUCCGGCCUUUGCCGUCACCGCCACCGCCGCCCCGCAAGUCGAGAGCGGCCGACGACGCGGUUACGCCCGAACUUCACGGGCGCAGGAACACCGAUUCGGCCCUGGUCCCUUUUUUAGAUCGGCGAGAAACGUCUGUAACAUCGUCUAACGAUUUUUUUGCCGACGUUUCUCGCGCUCUGUUGGCGUCCGCCGCCAGAAACACCGUUGCCGCCACCGACGACGUGUCCGUGGCCGUCCAGACCGACCCGUCGCCAGACGAUUACGCGGCGGACGACCGCGACGACGCGUCUUGCUGUUCGGCCGAGUCCGGAGACGGCCCGGCGACAAAGUCUGGAGGAACGACGUCUCGGCAACACCUCGCGCCGAAAACGCUGACCGCCGACCGACCUAGAUCCCGGACGUCGUCCCAGGCCACCGAGUACGUUGACCGGCCGACGUCCGGCAUGUCGGUGACCGCGGCAGACGACUGCAGCUGCAACGAUUACGCGAUGGUGUCUGACACAGCGGGCACCGUUGCGAACGGCGUCGCCGCGGUGCGAGCGCAACGCAUAACCGUCGAAGAGCUACAGGUGGGCAGGAUGAUCGUGGCCGACAUACUCGGCCAGCGGAUGGCCGUCGAAGACGUGUCCGGAUCGAGUCUAAAGGUCGCUCAGUUGUCCGCUGCGGUUCAGCAUCCGUCUCUGCAGCAGUUGCAGCAGGACGCCGCUGCCGUCGCCGCUGUUCAAGCCGCGGCUGCGGACGACGACCUGCGCACUUUGCCGCAGGACGACAACGCGUCGGUUCAGUCCUCGCGCGUGUCGUCCAUGUCUGAAGUCGAUUCGGACGAGGAUCGGAGCGUGUUGGCCGCGCCCACACCACCACGUCGACGCAGCAAACCGCCGUCCUCGCCUCGUUCGACCAUCGACGCCAACCACCACGACAAAAACGGCAGACCACCAGGAACCGUUGGUGCCGUCGAUCUGUCCGCCGCCGACCCGUCUAUCACCGAACUCAGCUGUCAGCUGUUCCGGUUGUGUCACUCGAACGUGUGCAGUCUGUUCACCAAAGUCGUCCAGCAAGUGGUUCCAGAGGACACGGAGAAGCGGCGCGACCUGCAAGCCGCCCUGUGCUUCCUGAGCAUCAUACUCGCAGGUCUCCUGAUCUUAGGCUUUGGCAACGAGAAGACUAUACACCAUCACCACUGGGAUUUUCAAUUCCCCCCCAAUCAGUAGCCACGCACCACCCAUCGUGGGUUGUCGCAGUGGGUUCUACAGUUGUUGUUAUUGUUAUUGUUGCUAACCGAUCGUUGUUUCUUUAAGUUUUGCAUUUCGAUAUUUUAAUGUUCAAUUGUAUAGCACGAUUGUUGAAAAAUAUGUUUACUCUAUACAUAAAAACAACAGUCGUUUCUGUCAUUGGCCUACCGGUAAAAGAUGAUUUUUAGAGCUUAAAUUCAAAACACCUAACACUUUUACGAUUUUCGUUUAUGUACCUAACUUUUUCCUUACGAUUUCGUUUUACACAAUUAUUUUUCAAAAAUAUUUUUGAAACGCAUUGUUGUUUUAUUUAAAAACGUUAUAUUUGCUAUUUUUUAUUGUUCGUAUGAAUCCGUAAACGGAUUGACCGUUAAACUCAACAACGGCAAUUAGAACAUAAAUACUAUGUAUGUAGGUAUAUCAGACUUGGUAGGAAUAUUAAAAAAUAUUUAUUAAUUAAUUAAAAUGUUUAAUGAUGUUCCGCUAUAUUAUGUUUAACAGGGUAACACAAAGUGGAUUAAAAACACUCUCGAUUAUCCUUAAUGUUUAGACUAGGAUUAACUUAAAUAAAAAUUAUAGAUUUGAGUAGAAAUGCCAAAAUGAAUUCUUAAGAUUUACUACUAGCAAGUAUUACUAGAAGCAAUUUACAGAUGUCUAGUUCUACAUUAGCAUGUAACAUUUGAAAUCACAAAUUGUUAAUUCAAUACAAUAGGUAUGAUCAGAGAACAAAAUGUCUAUUACUUGGCUACAAACCAAUUAUCUAAUGUAUCUAGUCCUUUUAUAUACCAAAUCAAAAUUAUCAAAUCAUCAAAUGUUCAAUUUAUAAGUCAUUAGACACUUCUGGCACAGAUAUUAUUUUAUUUUUUAAAGGUUUUGUUUCAUUCAAGCUUUAUAAGUAGAUAAAUGCGAAACUAUAACUUUAAUCUUUAAUUUGUAUGGUUAUCUAAAGAAUAAAUAUUUUCUAGAAUCUA